AUGCGUAAACGUGGGCGGUGCCUUUUGGAUGUGUCUAGCUCUUUGGAUAGUUUGAUGGCCUUUGGAGAUGGUUGUAAAGUUCCUAUGAGCUCCUCACUCUCAAACAAUGGUGACAAUGGUGAUUCACAGAGUAGUAACAGUAAUAGUAUCACGAAAGACAAUAACAGUGCCAUUUGUUCUCGGUUUGCUGCAAAUACAAGUUGUGAUCAAAUAGAUUCUCAAAAGAGUACAGGAAGUGCAUUUGCCACCGAAAUAAGUUUUUUCUGUAAGGAGGAAGAAGAAACAGCAGAUAUGUGUAUUUACUUGGCAAGAGCUGUUUCUUCCGCACGUACACAAGAGGCUCUUAUCGCAUUGGUAAAACAUUUUAUAACCCAUGAUCCUUCAAUUGUUAUGAUGUCACUGAAACGCUCAGGUUUACAAUCAAAACUUUUGGACAUUUUAUGUAAAACCUCCAAUGAAGGAAUUAAAAUUGAGCAACAGUGCCUGUUUCUUCGUUUUUUUGUAUUUAUUGUUAAACUCUGCGAUAUUGAAAUUCUAUGUGAAGUUUCACUCAUAAAAUUUCUUCUUCUACACUGUAAACCACCACAGGAGAGUUCUAAUGAUGUGGUCUCUGUAAAGACACAUCAGUCAUCGCAUUGGUCUCAGCGAGUAAAACGUACACCUACAGUAGCUGUGUCACAGCGACAAGAUAUAACUGAAUUAACUUUACUAAUAAAUACUCUAUUGGGAGAAAAAGAAGAUAAGACGUCUCUGGCAUCUCUAGCCCUUCGAGCACUACUAGAUAUUACUUUUAGACAGAAUAGUAAUUUAGCACUAUUCGCUGAUAGUAACAUUUGUCUCAUAUUUGCUGAACUUGGUGGCUUUGACAUUGUAUCAGCUCUGCUUUCUGGGAAUGAAUGUGAAGAUGCUCUUCAUCUAUUGGAAGUUGUAACACUUUGUGAGGGACUUCGUACAACUCACACGUUAGCUUUAAGGCAAACAGCUCUUCAUUUGGUACGUUUAAUUACUGCAGAUGAUGAUGAACAUCAUGGAGAAAUAAAUGCCGCAUUGCGUGUUUUAACAAAUGUGACAGGUUUGGUUCCCUCUGUCUUGAGUGGAGAGGAUAAGGAGUGUCAUGCUUUGGCGACUAAAGCGGCGAAAACCCUUUUAGAUGAUGAGGCUAUGCCUGAUACACUUGCCUUUACUUUAUGCUUUACAACAAACAUUGUGAAAUGGGAGGCUCGUGAGGGUCACACGAAUUUUACCAGUUCUCUUGUAGAAUCUCCAUUCUUUCUUACACGCAUCGCAUCCUUGACAUUUCGUGCCUACCACACCGAGGACACGGAGAAGAAUGUGUUGGCUGGAUACUACGCCCUCCUCCUCGCUGUUCUCUCCCUCUGCGCGGCUCCCACUUUGGAGUUGCGGGUCCCCGUCAUGACUGCAGUGGCCGAGGCAACGAAAGGCACGGUAGCAGGGAAAAAGGUGGAGUCAAAACCCAUGACACUUAUAGUGGCUCUUCUACAGGAGUUUAUCUUCUUCCAGAGCUCCGCUGGGUCGUUAACUAAAGACAGUCUCCUUUCCAUGAAUAAUAUCAUAGAAAGUGUUGUUAAACACAACAACAUAGAAAUAACUUCAGAUGAUUAA